UUUUUACCAUUCUCUCCUCUCUAGUCUCCAAUCUCCAGAUUCAAUGAACAUCGUCUUCCUCAUGUCUCGUAUAUGACCAACUUUACCCGCGCUUCCGCUUAACUCAAAGAAAUUGCAGAACUUGAAUAGCAGAGCCGUAUACAUCAUCAACAAUGGCGGAUUCAUCUGCAACAACGUCCUUCAACCACAACAAGCAUCUCAAAGAACAGUUUGUUAGCAACUUAUCUGGAUCAUCUUUACUCGACAUUUUCUCACUCGCACUCGUUAUUCCUGUAAUUGUGCUGAUUCGGCGUGCAAUUGGGUUAAAUUAUGUUUCUGGUUCCAUUAUUUCACAGAGGUCGUCAAAGAAAGAUGAUAGUGAUUCAGCUACUGCAAAGUCUUCCAGUUCCUACAUGGUGUCAGUGGCUGUGGAUUUUCUCUUCAUUGUUGUUCCUAUCCUCUUUGUCCACACUGUUUUGUCAGAAUAUGUACAUAAACUAGCACUAUCACUGACAUUCUUUCUUCUCUUCUGUAUGUUAGUCAAAAGAUAUAAUAUCUUUUUAUCUUCUGGAAGCGGCCAACCACGUGAUACUGUAAGGAAAAGUAUAUCAUCAUUUAGAGUUGUCAUGAUGAUAAUUACAUGUGUAUGUAUACUUGCUGUUGACUUCAAAAUAUUCCCUCGAAAAUAUGCGAAGACAGAGACCUAUGGAACUAGUUGGAUGGAUCUUGGCGUGGGAUCAUUUGUGGUGGCAAAUGCCCUGGUUUCACGACACGCACGUAAUGUUUAUUCAGGAGGAUGGAAGACUGCCCUUCAGUCUACUUGUCCACUGAUCUUGUUGGGUUUUGCUCGUCUCGUUUCAACUACAGGAGUGGAUUAUCAGGUCCAUGUGGGGGAAUAUGGUGUGCACUGGAAUUUCUUUUUUACUCUUGCUGCAAUCUCGCUUCUGACAUCAGCAAUAAAUAUUCAUCCACAAUACUGUGGGAUUCUUGGUCUGUCCAUUCUUACAGGGUACCAAAUCUUUUUGGUGCAGGGCUUAAACAAAUAUCUGCUAUCUGAUGUGAGAGGAUUGGACAUUAUAAGCGAAAACAAGGAAGGUGUCUUCAGUAUAUUUGGAUAUAUGAGUAUGUAUCUGAUUGGUGUUCAGCUGAGCUACCAACUAUUCUUUAAGAACAAUUCUUGUUCUUCACAUAGAGAUCAGCAGACAAGAAAGGAAGUUUGCGCCAUUUCUGUUGUACUCUGGUUGUUGACUCUGGUUUUAAACCAGCAUGUGGAACAAGUCUCGCGAAGAAUGUGCAACAUGGCGUAUGUGAUGCUUGUGCUGGCUGUAACUUUUGAGGUUCUGGCAAUUUUUAUGCUUUCCGAAUUCGUUCCUGGAAGUAAUUUCACAGCUCUUGAAGCAGCUUUUGACCAAAAUCUAUUAGCAUCCUUUCUUCUGGCAAAUCUGCUAACAGGGCUGGUAAACUUAUCUUUUGAUACUCUAUUUGCCUCUUCAAAUCAAGCCUUGGCUAUUUUACUACUAUAUGCAUUUGUUCUGUGUCUUUUCACUGGACUUGCAAAAUUUUAUAAUUUCCGGUUGAAGUUUUGGUAGUGAUGGAUCAUUUCAGCACCA